UCACGUGAUACUGCAACCGAGUUCGUAAGGAAGAGGGUGAAGUGUUUCCUGCCACACACCAAAGUCUUCCCUGCUCCAACAUUGUCGCUCGUUCAACGACAAACAUGGCGGGAAUAUGUGUGACCAUUGUACUGUCACUUGUAAUACAGUUGGCACAUGGACAGGAAAAUAUUGCUCCUGUUAUUGACCUUAUCGCGUUGACAGAGAAAGAAAUCAAACACUUGAAAGUUGAAGUUCAACAUAUUGAGACCAAAGUCAUUAACAAAAUGCGCAUCUUGAAUUUGAUUUUGCGAACUGAACUAAUAGAGAAGAUCGUACCUGCCUACGUACACAGUCAAAUAGAAGCAUCCUGGACACAGGUUCUGCGAGAGAGGUCUAUUGACUCCAUGGUGAACAGCCACGUGAUGUCCCAGAUGAGACAACUGAAGCAGGAACAUCAACAGAUGAAGAGACAGAUACACAGCCUCUCCAGACAUCUGCGGACUGCCGAGAACACUGGACACAGACAUCCUCCAGACAAGUCCGUUCUGAGAGACUCUACAGCUCAUCAACAUAAUGUGUUUCAGACUGACUUGAACAAUACAAACAUCAUGAUAUCAAGCUUGCAACAAGAUGUGACGUCACUAACGGAGCACGUGGCCAUGUUGAAUCACAGCUGCCAGACACAGGCUACUGAAAGGGAAAAGUUGGAGUCAGCCGUGGACAAGAUAGAAAUGAAACUUGACCAUCUUGAAACAGGGAAGGGGAAACUGGGGAGAGAGUUUCACCGGCUGAAUGAGAGUCACGCUGUGGACACGGAGGUUGUGGAAAACUCUCAUCAGGAGUACAUCAACACCACAGAGUCACCCGAGAAAGAGACUUGUGGCGUCAGCGUUAACGACACCCAAGAACUUGUACUGACGUCUCCUCCUGUGUCCCCAUCCCCAUCAGUGCGUACAACAUCGCCUACAUCACAUAGGAGCAAAGACAUGACCAGGAUAUUGGUUGUACAGCGAUAUUCUAACAGCACAAUCGCGAAACAGAUAAACAUACAGACCCACGCCAUGACGAAAUAUCAGUACCUGGAUCCAUCAAAUAUCAGGGCUUUUGCAUCUGAUCCUGUUUCAAGGAGACUCAUAUUCUCCAUUGACAGCUCAGACGGUAUCUUCUCGUCUGCUUUAGACGCGUAUAGCUUUACACUUACAACACUCAAGGCUGGGGUCAGGUCAUACGGAAUAGCUGUAGAUGUUCACAGACGACUCAUCUUUCUCACCAAUGUCUUCCGUGCCAGGGCAACAAUCAGCCGUAUGUCAAUAUGGGGGAAGAAAUUCAGGAAUAUUGUGGAUGUGACUGAACUUGGAUCAAACAGCCCACUGGGUAUAGCUGUUGAUACAAGAAGGAGAAUGAUAUAUUUCUGUAAUUAUGAUGCAUUGUGGUCGGUUAGUUACAGAGGGAAGAAUGUCCACAGAAUAAAGGCAGGGAAAAACAUACUCGGUGUGACGGUUGAUAUUGUUAGUAAUAUUCUAUAUUUCGGUGAAGGAAAGAAGGUAAUGAAGUUAUCUCUGGCUACGAACGUCUUCGCGGAGAUCAGGGAGGCCAGUGGCUUUAUUUUCAACAUCAUCUCCCACAACAACAGCCUCUACAUUGUCACAUUUCUGGAAAGUGGUGUUGAUAUUAUACACUUGAACGACGAACCUGAUGUCCAUUUCAACCUUGAGCAGGUGAAAUACACUUAUAAUGUGAUGUGUCUCUUACCAUAAUGUGUUUAUAGUAUUGAUAUGUGCACCAGACUGAGGAAACAGCGAGAAGUUAUUGAUAAUGUGUUUAUAGUAUUGAUAUGUGCACCAGACUGAGGAAACAGCGAGAAGUUAUUGAUAAUGUGUUUAUAGUAUUGAUAUAUGCACCAGACUGAGGAAACAGCGAGAAGUUAUUGAUAAUGUGUUUAUAGUAUUGAUAUGUGCACCAGAUUGAGGGAACAGCGAGAUGUUAUAGAUAAUGUGCUUAUAGUAUUUAUAUGUGCACCAGAUUGAGGGAACAGCGAGAUGUUAUUGAUAAUGUGUUUAUAGUAUUGAUAUGUGAACCAGAUUGAGGGAACAGCGAGAAGUUAUUGAUAAUGUGUUAUAGUAUUGAUAUGUGCACCAGACUGAGGAAACAGCGAGAAGUUAUUGAUAAUGUGUUUAUAGUAUUGAUAUAUGCACCAGACUGAGGAAACAGCGAGAAGUUAUUGAUAAUGUGUUUAUAGUAUUGAUAUGGGCACCAGAUUGAGGGAACAGCGAGAAGUUAUUGAUAAUGUGCUUAUAGUAUUGAUAUGUGCACCAGACUGAGGAAACAGCGAGAAGUUAUUGAUAAUGUGUUUAUAGUAUUGAUAUGUGCACCAGACUGAGGAAACAGCGAGAAGCUAUUGAUAAUGUCUUUAUAGUAUUGAUAUAUGCACCGGACUGAGGAAACAGCGAGAAGUUAUUGAUAAUGUGUUUAUAGUAUUGAUAUGGGCACCAGAUUGAGGGAACAGCGAGAAGUUAUUGAUAAUGUGCUUAUAGUAUUGAUAUGUGCACCAGACUGAGGAAACAGCGAGAAGUUAUUGAUAAUGUGUUUAUAGUAUUGAUAUGUGCACCAGACUGAGGAAACAGCGAGAAGCUAUUGAUAAUGUCUUUAUAGUAUUGAUAUAUGCACCAGACUGAGGAAACAGCGAGAAGUUAUUGAUAAUGUCUUUAUAGUAUUGAUAUGUGCACCAGACUGAGGAAACAGCGAGAAGUUAUUGAUAAUGUCUUUAUAGUAUUGAUAUAUGCACCAGACUGAGGAAACAGCGAGAAGCUAUUGAUAAUGUCUUUAUAGUAUUGAUAUAUGCACCGGACUGAGGGAACAGCGAGAAGUUAUUGAUAAUGUGUUAUAGUAUUGAUAUGUGAACCAGACUGAGGAAACAGCGAGAAGUUAUUGAUAAUGUGUUUAUAGUAUUGAUAUAUGCACCAGACUGAGGAAACAGCGAGAAGUUAUUGAUAAUGUGUUUAUAGUAUUGAUAUGUGCACCAGAUUGAGGGAACAGCGAGAUGUUAUAGAUAAUGUGCUUAUAGUAUUUAUAUGUGCACCAGAUUGAGGGAACAGCGAGAUGUUAUUGAUAAUGUGUUUAUAGUAUUGAUAUGUGAACCAGAUUGAGGGAACAGCGAGAAGUUAUUGAUAAUGUGUUUAUAGUAUUGAUAUGUGCACCAGACUGAGGAAACAGCGAGAAGCUAUUGAUAAUGUCUUUAUAGUAUUGAUAUAUGCACCAGACUGAGGAAACAGCGAGAAGUUAUUGAUAAUGUCUUUAUAGUAUUGAUAUGUGCACCAGACUGAGGAAACAGCGAGAAGUUAUUGAUAAUGUCUUUAUAGUAUUGAUAUAUGCACCAGAUUGAGGGAACAGCGAGAUGUUAUGGAUAAUGUGUUUAUAGUAUUGAUAUGUGAACCAGAUUGAGGGAACAGCGAGAAGUUAUUGAUAAUGUGUUAUAGUACUGAUAUGUGAACCAGACUGAGGAAACAGUGAGAAGUUAUUGAUAAUGUGUUUAUAGUAUUGAUAUAUGCACCAGACUGAGGAAACAGCGAGAAGUUAUUGAUAAUGUGUUUAUAGUAUUGAUAUGGGCACCAGAUUGAGGGAACAGCGAGAUGUUAUAGAUAAUGUGCUUAUAGUAUUUAUAUGUGCAGCAGACUGAGGAAACAGCGAGAAGUUCUUGAUAAUGUGUUUAUAGUAUUGAUAUGUGCACCAGACUGAGGAAACAGCGAGAAGUUAUUGAUAAUGUGUUUAUAGUACUGAUAUGUGCACCAGAUUGAGGGAAC